UAGGUAUUCCUCAUUGAGUUAGUUGUGUCUGUGACGCGAUUUAAAACCACAACAGAGAUUAAAGUGCAUCUGAGAUUAAUUAUUUUUAUUGACGAUUUUAAUACUGUUGUCGUGUUUUCAAACGUAAAAUAUAUGACUUUGAGUUAUUUAAUUGCUGCAAUUAAAAUGUAAUUUGUUGUCAAACAAUAGUAGAAUUUAUCUCCAGUUCUUGUUAUUGUUAUCUUGUUACAAGUGACGAACGAACUUGUAGUGAUUUUGGAUUUUUUUUGUGAUUAAUUAGCCACUAAGAGAUGACGGUGACAAUCUCCAGAUUUAGCUCAAGUCUUGGGAUCAAAUAUCCCACUCUGAGGGACGAUCCCUUGAAAAAUGGGCUGCAGUGGCUGAAGGGCAAGAGGGCCGAUGACGGGGCCGAGGGCUUGUGGCGCGUUCACGAUAAUCUGUACGAUUUGAGCGAUUUUGUAAACCUACAUCCAGGAGGAGCAGAGUGGCUACAGCUGACUAAAGGGACUGACAUAACUGAAGCGUUCGAAACGCAUCACUUGACCACAACAGCUGAAAAACUCGUCGAGAAAUAUUUUAUUCGUAAAGCUAAGACUCCGCGAAAUUCGCCGUUUACGUUCAAAGAGGGCGAUUUUUACAAGACACUGAAGAGAAAUAUCGUUGAGAAAUUAAAAUACGUGCCAAAUGAACCGGCGCAAAGAUCGAAGAGAAUAACAGACUUUUUACUUUUUGCCUAUGUUAGUUUGGCCCUUUUGGCCGCUGUUUUCCGAAGCUUUACGUUCGGAAUGUUUUCGGGAAUUUUUCUGAGUCUGACUGCUAUCGCAGCUCAUAAUUUUUUCCAUCAGAGGGACAAUUUCAGGAUGUAUUAUUUUAACUUCACCUUGAUGGAAUACUCAGAGUGGCGUAUAAGUCAUGCGUUAAGUCAUCACUUGCAUACCAACACCAUCAAUGAUCUAGAAAUAUCAUCCCUGGAACCGUUCCUGGAAUAUCUUCCGGGAAAGAAGCACAUCCUGGUCCAGCUCGCGCAAAUUUUCAUAUCGCCAAUUGUUUGGUGCUUUAUAUUUUUGGGCUCUUUCAUUCGAAGUUUGAUUUCAACAAUCCUCGGGGAAAAACCUUUCGAAAUGGUCAUUUUCCUCCCAUUUAGCGUUCUAGCGGCCAUGGUGGUUCUCUCAGGCGAGAUAAUUUUCCCGCUUGUGAUGUUUUCCUGUAUUCAGCUGACUGGGAGUCUACAUUUUGGGGCCGUGGGCCUGAAUGCAGCCCAUCACCACCCGGAAAUUUUCCACGACGGGGACACCCCAAGAAAAGAAAAAGAUUGGGGGAUUUACCAAAUGGACGCGGUCAUGGACCGUAAGGACAUAACAGGGUCCCAUUUUUUGGUACUGACUAAUUUCGGUGACCACGCUUUACACCACCUAUUUCCAACGAUUGACCACGGUCUGUUGGAUUACUUGUAUCCGACUUUUCUGAAAACUUGUGCCGACUUUGGCAUUGAGUGGAGGCUUUCGUCCCAGAUUGAGUUGGUCAAAGGCCAGAUUCGACAGCUGGUGAAGAUAAAGCCGAACGAGGAGCCGCCAAGGUCACUCAAGCCGAUCAAGUUUUUGUAAUUAUUGUUAUUUAAUAAAGUUGGGUUUAUUGAAA